AUUUCAUCUAACAUCUAUUCUGGUUGAAUACUUUACAACAUGAGUUAUCUCAGUAAACGUUCAGCAGCAGCAGCAUCUGCUGCUACCAUUUCAGCCAAAAGAUUGGCCCAGAACAUUUCUCCAGCUAGGAAUUUCACCCAGUCUGCCUCUUUGGCAGAGAAGAAGUUGAACAAGUAUUCAGCUAUUAUCACCCAGUCCCCAUCUCAAGGUGCCUCGCAAGCCAUGCUUUACGCCACUGGCUUCAAGGAGGAGGACAUGGACAAGGCCCAGAUCGGUGUUGGUUCCGUGUGGUGGUCUGGUAACCCAUGCAACAUGCACUUGAUGGACUUGAACGACCAAUGUACCGAGUCCGUCAACCGUGCUGGUUUGAAGGCCAUGCAGUUCAACUCGAUUGGUGUCUCGGACGGUAUCACCAACGGUACGGACGGUAUGAGAUACUCGUUGCAAUCCAGAGAAAUCAUUGCUGACUCGUUCGAGACCAUGGUUUUGGCCCAGCAAUACGACGGUAACAUUGCCAUCCCAUCCUGUGACAAGAACAUGCCUGGUGUCUUGAUGGCCAUGGGAAGACACAACAGACCAUCCAUCAUGGUCUAUGGUGGUACCAUCUUGCCUGGGUCUCCUACCUGUGGAGGUGGUAACCCAGCCGUGCCUGAAAAGAUCGAUAUCAUCUCUGCCUUCCAAUCCUACGGCCAGUACUUGUCCAAGUCCAUUUCUGAGGACGAAAGAAAGGAUAUUGUCAAGCAUGCUUGCCCUGGUCCAGGUGCUUGUGGUGGUAUGUACACUGCUAACACCAUGGCCUCUGCUGCUGAAGUGCUUGGUAUGAGUUUGCCAUACUCAUCGUCUGCUCCUGCUGUUUCCAAGGAGAAGGCUGAAGAGUGUGCCAACGUUGGUGAGGCCCUCAAGAACUUGUUGAUUAUGGACUUGAAGCCAAGAGACAUCAUGACCAAGACUGCUUUUGAGAAUGCCAUCACUUACAUCAUUGCUACUGGUGGUUCCACCAAUGCAGUUUUGCAUCUUAUUGCUAUUGCUUCUUCUGUUGGUAUUGACUUGAGUGUCGAUGACUUCCAAAGAAUUUCUGACUCCACUCCAUUGUUGGCUGACUUCAGACCAUCUGGUAAGUACGUUAUGGCCGAUUUGCAAGAAUUCGGUGGUACCCCAGCCGUUAUGAAGUAUUUGUUGGCCGAGGGAUUGAUCAACGGUGAUCAAUUGACCGUUACUGGUAAGACUAUCAAGGAGAACUUGUCCAAAUUGAAGGCUUUGCCAGAAAAGCAAGACAUUGUCAUGACUGUCGACAAGCCUUUGAAGCCAAGUGGUCACUUGCAAAUCUUGAAGGGUACUUUGGCCCCAGGCUCUGCUGUUGGAAAGAUCACUGGUAAGGAAGGUACCUACUUCAAGGGUGCUGCCAGAGUUUUCGAUGACGAAGGUGCCUUCAUUGUCGCUUUAGAAAACGGUGAAAUCAAGAAGGGUGAAAAGACUGUUUGUGUGAUCAGAUACGAAGGUCCAAAGGGUGGUCCAGGUAUGCCAGAAAUGUUGAAGCCAUCGUCUGCUUUGAUGGGCUACGGUCUUGGUAAGGAUGUUGCGCUUUUGACCGAUGGUAGAUUCUCGGGUGGAUCUCACGGUUUCUUGAUUGGUCACAUUGUUCCUGAAGCUGCCGUUGGUGGACCAAUUGCCUUGGUUGAAGACGGCGAUGUUAUUGUUAUUGAUGCUGAAAAUAACAAGAUCGACUUGUUGGUCGACGAGGAGGUUUUGGCUGACAGAAAAACCAGAUGGAAAGCACCAGCUCCAAAGUACACUAGAGGUACUUUGUCCAAGUAUGGUAAGUUGGUUAGUGACGCUUCCUUGGGUUGUGUCACUGACUUGCCAUAAUGGAUGAACAUAUGAAAAGGAAAUUGAAUUCCUAAUACUAUUAAUUUUGUCGAUCGAAAGACACCAUUAUUCAAUUCUAUUACCUUAUCAUUUUUAUAAUAGCAUACUGUAUAUAUACUACAUAUCCUAAAGAAAGGAUCCCAGUCAUAC